AUGGGCGAGAACGAGGGGGAGCUGCAACCCACGGAGGAGCAUCAUCCCGUGGGAGAACGACCGCAUAAAACGCCGUUCACGCGACUGAAGCUAGACGAGGCCAUACUAUUUUCGCUGCUGAUUCAAAGGUACCUCUUCUGCGCCAGCAUACAGGAAAAGGCCAUUCCCCUUAUUACAAAAAAGGAAAAUGUCCUCCUGCACUCCGAAACGGGCAGUGGGAAAACGCUAUGCUUCGUUAUUCCUAUGCUGCAAAAUUUGGUGAUGUCCAAACUGGGGGCCAUAACAAGGGACCGCUUUUUCACAUCCACAUGUGAGGAGGCAAAGCAAGGGGAAGAACAAGAACAGGAUUGUUACAACGAAGAUAGAGUCAACUCUAUCUACAGCAAAUUUGAAAAUGUAAACAUAGAAAAGAGCAUCCCUCCUGUUGAUAUAAAUGUACCAAAAUUUAUUCAGCAUAUAAGGGCCUCUUUGGAGGGAAGAACCCACAAGAAGGAUGGCGCCGUGGGGAAUGGGGGCAGAUUUAACAAAGAUGGUCAGUACCCACAGGGUGAUAACAACCUGCAUUGCGAAUCCAUUAAAGACGUUGUAAAAAAAGCCAUUCGAUGCAGCACAAGUGAGAACAAGAGCAAACAGAACAUACAUGUGUAUGGAGUGAUUGUAGCCCCCACCAGAGAGUUGUGCAUACAAAUAUACGACGUAGUAAAUAAAUUUUUGUUUUUUAUAAGAUUAUAUUUUGCUAGAACGUUUAACAUAAAUGUGGACGAAUUGGACAAGGAGGACUUUUUUGUGAACUCGUUGUUAUUUAGGGGUGCUGUAAAAAUUGAGGAAGAUUUAAAAAUUAUAAAAAAUGAAAAAAGAAAAAAAAACAGAUACCAGAUCGUUGUAGCGACCCCAGGGAAGUUAUCAACUUUGUUUGUGGAUCACAACUUGUACUUUGACACUAGCGAGUUAGCAUAUAUGAUACUGGAUGAGGGGGAUAAACUGUUGGAGGAGAGUUUUUUAAACUAUGUGCAGGAUGUGGUUAAGAGCAUCGUCUCGAAGGACUAUGCCACGUGCAUUUGCAGUGCGACGUGUUUGCAGGAGGAGAAAUUUUACAACUUGUUCUCUGACAACAGGAGAUCCUUCAUCAAGUGCGUGGGGGGGGAAGCGCCGCUUGCGUCUGCUACAACCGCAAUGGGCGCUUCUUCUUCUUCUGCUGCUGUUUCUGCGGCCACUGCUGUCAGCACCACUGGCGGCACCGUUGAAGGCAGCGCUGGAAGCACAUUCCAAAUGCCAGACAAAAUCGAAAAUUACUACAUCACGGUGCGAAACCUGGACAAGAGUUUCUUCCUGUUCAAAUUCGUGAGCACAGUGGUGCGCGAGGGGGAGACAGUGAUCGUAUUUCUGCCGACCUGCUUCUCUGUGGACUUCUUCUUCCACGUAUUUAAGAAUGUACUUAACACGGAGCAGAAGACCGCGAAGGAAAUUUUUAACCAAAUAGUAACCCUAAACAGUAGACAUAAAAAUGCAUUCAGCCAAUCUGAUCUAGCGCUUUUCUGCAAAAUGAUUUGUUACACUCACAAAUAUAUGGGGAAGAAAAAAUUCACUCUUUUAAAAAUCCACAGGAAAAUGAAAGACAAAAAAAGGAUAAGUGCGUAUAGGAAAAUAAAAGAAAACAAGAAUAAGAAGAGGAUAAAAAUUAUUUUGUGCACAGAUAUUAUGAGUAGAGGAAUUAACGUUGAUAUUAAUUGGGUAAUCAAUUACGAUGCUGCUAAUAAAAAUAUGACAUAUAUCCAUAGGAGUGGCAGAACAGGAAGAUUUGACAAAAGGGGAAAAAAUAUCAUUCUGCUUAAUAAGAAGGAAAAAGAAUAUAUAUACUUUUUAAAAAAUAAAAAAGUGAAUAUCAGCAAUUUUAGAAAAACCUGCAUGUUCAGGGAUAUGCUCAGUUGGGAAUCCCGACUCAUGAGAAAUGAAGACGUUUUGGACACACAAGUGCGGGAAGUAGCCAACAUAGAAAAGGGGGAUAUGGGGAAAUCCGUCCCUAAAAAAUUUUUUUCGUUUUAUGGAAGUACAGUGGGAGAACGCGCUCAAAGGAGGGGGGCAAAGGGUCACCAUCACAAAGGAGACUCAACUGAGGGACACUUCCCCAAGAGGGAUGAUCAUCACAUCCUUUUGCUGAACAAUAUGGUGAACAUAUUUCUAAAGUACCUAAUUUUUUUCAUCAUCGAGAAUAGAGAAACGUAUUUGCUCUCGACCAAGGCGUUUCUGUCUUAUAUUGAGUUUUACAAAAACCAUCAGCUGAGUUUUCUCUUCCCCUUCCACAAGCUCAAUCUGUCGCACCUGUGCUACUCCUUUGCGCUGGUGAAAAUCCCCAAAUUUAAAGAGAAGAGCCAAAUUAAGAAUUUCAAACGAGUGGGCCUAAACACGUCCGACAUACCAUACAGAAACGAAGAGAAGGAGAGAAAGCGGCAGGAGGAACUGACACGCUUGGCACAUUUGAAAAGUGAGGAACAAGCGCUCGAUGAGAAGGCGGAAAGCGAGACAAAAGCGGAGGGAGGCAAACUGCACAAGCGGAAGCAAGAAAAAAAACAGAAAAAAAGAAAAACCAUUGUUCAGAGAAAACACGAACAAAGGGACAUGGAGGAAAACGAAAUUGAGUCUCUAUUUUUUGAAGAAAAUUUGUACAAAAAAUUAAAAAAAAAAAAAAUUUCCAAGGAUGAAUAUGACAGAUUGCUGAACAUGGAAAACCUGGACAAAAUAUUUUCCACCUCACCCAGCGCGGGGAAGAACCAGGCUCUCCCCCCCCGGAAAAAUCAGACAGGUGCGUCAAACAGGAAAAGGAGCAAGAAGAAGAGGAAGGUAUACAACUUGAAGGUGAAGAAGAGGCGCAAGGCGGGCGGUAAACGGAGGUAA